GUUGAGGUGUUGCAGCGUGGAAAGGGCACGGCGGUGUCUGUGCACGCCAAACCCACCCCCCCGGUCGUGUCCGGGCCCGACCAGAGAGCGGGGCCAGGGCACUCGGGGCCUUUCACCUUGCAGGCCGGAGGGUUCUUCCCCAAAAACAUCAGCGUGAAGUGGCUCAAGGACGAGGCCCCGAUGUCGGCUCAGCAGCUCCAGAUCACCCCUGGGCGGACGAAUUCCUCCUACAACAUGUCCAGCACCGUGACGAUGAUGCUGCAGGAGGACGACGUCCGGUCGCAGCUCGUCUGCGAGGUGCAGCACCCCACGCUGACGGCCCCGCUGAGGGGGGGGUACCCGCUCCGCAAAGCGCUGCCUCUCUCCCCAGUUUCCCCCAAGGUCCGCGUGGUCUCUGACCCACCGAGCCCCGUGGAGGUGAACAAGACCGUGAACUUCACCUGCCACGUGGAGGGGUUUUACCCGGGAGAUGUGGCCGUCACCUGGCUGGAGAACGGGGUGGAGAUAAAGGUGGAGAACAUCUCCCAGCCGGUGGAGACCCGCCGGGGCUUGUUCAAGCUGAGGAGCCUGGUGGAGGUCCAAGCGAUGGAGGAGAAGAACGGGUCCGCGUUCACCUGCCGCGUGGUGCACGAUGCCCAGGAGCCCGUCAGCGGGACGGCCGCCCUGCGGAUCGCUGCCCCAGCCAGGGAGGGACUGAGCGACUGGUCCCAGACAGGUGACGAGAAUUUGCUCUACAUCUAUAUCGUGGUGGGAGUGGUCUGCACUGUGCUGGCACUGCUGGUCGCUGCAAUUCUUUACCUCAUCCGGGCAAAGCAGAGCAAGGGUAAAAGCUCGCCGUCUGCUAGGUUACAUGAGCCGGAGAAGAGCAGCGAGGCCACUACCCAGGAAUCCGACCCCAACAACCUGACCUACGCAGACCUGAACUUCGACAGAGAGAGGAAGACCAUCCGCCGGAUGGUGGAGAUGAGCCAGCAGUCGGAGUACGCCUGCAUCCAGACCAACCAGGCACCCACCAGUGACGACAACCUCACCUACGCCGACCUGGACAUGGUGCACCUCAGCAAGGCACCCAGGCGACCAGCCCCGCACCCCGAGGAGGCCAGCUCCGAGUACGCCAGCGUCCAGAUCCCGAGGAAGUGA